UGUCAAAAAUUUUAAGACGUCGGCUAGUCCGAGUGUUGUUGUCAACGAAACCGUGUCAUUAUCGUAUUUUCUGCAGGAAUAUUUGCGAUCUAAUGAAGCUAGAAAAUAUGUGUCCACACAGACGGAAUAUUCUUAGGCGAUCUCAAGAUCGUAGAAAACCUGGCUCUGCAAUCACUCAAUUGUUAACAUAAUUGUCCAGUUUAGUUAGAGAUAUACUCAAACAUAACCUUUUAAAACCAGAUGCUGUAUCUGCGGAUACAUAAUUAAGGAACCAUGAAAGGACCUGCAGCAAAGCAACAGAAUAGAUGCAUUUGAGUUAUUAGAAAUGAUAAGCAUUGGGUUUUCAUUAAGUAUUUUUUGAAAAGAGAAUAUGGGCUUGUGUUGUCAUUCAAUUUAUAAACGUUGGUCAGUAUUUGCAACAGUGCUGACUUACAUAAGUUUUGUAAUGUUUGUAUGGACUAGAGUAUUGCCCCUUCGGCCUUACAAACGCUUGAACAAUCAACAAAGAAAAGACUUAAAUGCAGUCAUUAAAGAUCUCCCUGAUCAUCUUGAUGGAGUUAGAAUUGAAAGAGAUGGAGAGAUUAACAAGAAUUUUAGAAAAGAGGUGAUUCUUGGAGAAGGUGAAUUUGAACAACGUAAAGAAGAAGACCCCAAAGAAUUAUUGGAAGAUAUAUUUGUUAGGGCCGAUACCAACAAUGAUAGUUUUCUAGUCCAUUCUGAGCUUUCACGGUGGAUUGAGGCAAAAAUUAAACAGCACAUUGCCCAGGCUCAUGCUGAGAAUUAUAUUCUUUUUGCAAGUGUGGAUAUAAACCCAAGGAAUGGUCUAGUGUCUUGGGAAGAGUACCAUCAGUAUUUUCUUAGACAAAAGGGAUAUAGCAAAACCUAUGUUGAAAAUCAUGACAAACGACAUUCUGGGUUAGAUAGGAAAACCAAAGAGACCAUUAUGAGAGAUAAAGCAGCUUGGUCAGAAGCAUCACAUUUAAAUCCCAAUCAUCUCACUGUGGAUGAGUUUUUAGCUUUUCGACAUCCUGAAUCUAGUCAUGCAACUAUUUUAACAUUAGUUGAAGAACUUUUUGAUAAAUUUGAUCAAAAUGGUGAUCAAAUUUUGACUGAAGAUGAAUUUUCUCAUCUUCUAUUAGAAGGUGAUGCUGAGAAAAGUGGCGAAACCAUUAAUCAAGGAGAAGCAGAACGUCGUGCUGAAUUCAGAGCUGAAAUUGAUAAAAAUAAAGAUGGGAAAGCUGAUCGCCAUGAACUUCUGAUGUACAUUGAUCCUAUUAAUCCCAGACAUGCUAGAGAGGAAGCAGAGACCUUGAUUGCUCUUGCUGAUGUUAAUCAUGAUGGAGCCUUAUCAUUGCUGGAAGUCAUCAAUAAAAUGGACUUGUUUUUGGGUAGUAAGAUGGUUGAUACUGCCAAAAGUUUUCAUGAUGAGUUUUAAGAAGUGUCAUUCUUUAUGAUCUUACUAGUGAAAUAAUAAACUGUAAGACAAUACUACAAUACUAUAUGUAAAGGUAACUGUUUUUUGAAAAAACACAUUAUUGAUCAUUAUAUGUGUGUGUAAUUUUAUAAUUGGCCUGUAAAGCAUGUAUGGAAUAAAAGUUGACUAGAAAGGUGAAAUAA